AAAUCUAGAGAGAAUUUCCUCCAAAUUCAUUAUUCUUUCAUGGUAUCAGAGCCAAAACCCUAGAGUUUUUCAGCGACUACUGUUCACGAUAGCCCGGCAUGGCGUCCAUCGAUCGUUGCUCAGUUUCAGUCGUUUGUUGUUGUUGCCGGACAACGGAACGGUCGACUGUUGCUCUUGAACGGUCGAGCACGUCGACCGUCCCGUCGGCAGAUUAUGUGCUAGAUGCUGCUGUUGAUUCUUCCGCCACCGCCGUACGCCACUCUGUUACCGCCAUGGCCGAUGAACAACCAAGGAAGAUGUUUUUCUCUCUAUCAUUGUCUGUUUCUAGUAUGAAGCUGUCAGGUGCAUCUCUUGAUACAGGAACUACAAAUGAGGUUAGCUCUUAUGAUGAAGAUGAAGAACUGCGGACGGAAGAACGGAUGGACCGUUCCAGGAGGGACGGUCGACCGGAGAAAAGCGGCAGAGCAGAUCAACUACAGACGGUCGACCUGAUGGACCGUUCCGAUGUCCACGGUCGACCGUCCGAGAGGCAGAAUGACAGAUUCCUGAGAGAUGACCGAACGGUCGACCUGGUGGACCGUCCUGAUAUCCACGGCCGACCGUCCGAGAGGCAGAAUGACGGUUCUUUGGGAGAUGAUCAAACGGUCGACCGUGAUGAGGAAGACGGUCGACCGUCUCCGAGGCAAAAAGUUAGCGAUCCGGAACAGCUUCAGACGGUCGACCCCGUGGACCGUUCCACGGACGGGGGUCGACCGUCCCCUUCCCAGCCAGCGGUGGAGAACUUGGGACGUGGUCAGUGUGAGAAACGUCCAAAUGUACGCCUUGCCGAUUAUGUUACCCAUGUGGUUGGACCAUAUGUCGGGGAGAAAUGCAAAUAUCCUCUCUCGUCGUAUGUCACAUAUGAGAAGUUUUCUCAGAAACAUAAAUGUUUUCUCACAGCUCUUGAUGCAGAAGUGGAGCCCAAGGGUUACAAGCAAGCAUUCUAGGAUGAGCGAUGGAGGAAGGC